AUGCCAGUACUACCAAGUCAAGAGAUUGCCACCAGAUUCAAGGAGAAAUGGAUGAAGCUUCACCCAGAAGACCAAGACAAUGUGAAUGGUGCAGUGCACCUUGAUGACAGUCUCACCAGCCUCCAAUGGCUCCAGGACUUCACCAUAGUCAGUGUGAGUCUAGAAAGCCUACCGGGCUCCACUUGCCAGCCGUACCAGCUGCCUCAGCCCAGCCACCUGCACCCUCAGGGCUCCGACUCCCCCUCCAGUCCACCUGCUGGGGACACUGCAGCCUCCGGCAUGCCUCAGAGUGCAGGCAGCCCCAUCACCUCCAGUGCCUCAGCCAACAGGACUAGUUACUACUCCCUUCACCCGACAGUGACCAACAACCACCACCAGAUCACUGUGCCAGCCAAGUCCCUGGAGGAGGUAGACUUCAAGACCAACCACGAGGUGAAGCCUCCCUACUCCUACGCCACACUGAUCUGCAUGGCCAUGCAGGCCGGCAAGAAGAACAAGAUCACACUGUCUGCUAUCUAUAACUGGAUCACAGAGAACUUCUGCUACUACAGACAUGCUGAGACCAGCUGGCAGAACUCUAUCCGUCAUAACCUGUCACUCAACAAGUGCUUCAUGAAGGUUCCCAGGCAGAAGAACGAACCAGGAAAAGGGGGAUUCUGGCAGAUUGACCCUCAGUACGCAGACAUGUUUGUCAAUGGAGUCUUCAAGCGCAGGCGGAUGCCAGACAUCCAUUUCAACACCCAGAGACACAGCAAAACCCAAAGAUCAUCCCGUAACCGAAAAACCCAGGAGUACCACCAGAAUUUCCCCCAGGCCCACUACACAGUGUCCCACAGAGGGGCAGGUGCUGGGAACAGAUGCAAACUUGGUGGCACAAAGUGGGAGACAGUCCAUAAGUCACCACUGUUGACACCGGAUCUCGUGGAACCAGAGGCACUGAAGGGUGAACUAGACUGGGCCAUGGUGUUUGACGAUGUUCUGAAUGGGAGCAGCGAUAACUUUGAGGAUCUAGACAUUAACCUAGCUCUGAACUCCCUGGGCUGUAAGGUGGAGCUCUCCCAGCAGGAUCAAGGCCGGGGCUGGCACCUGGAGAAGUGGUGCAGCGGAGGGGCUGACCGGGACCACCAGCAGGCCUGCAGGUACAUGGAGGUGACCACCAUGGGCUGCUACAGCAUGGAGGAGAUCCAGCAGCACCUCAACCUCAGCACCUCAAGGCUGCAGCAGCCGCUCCCUUUGGCGGUACACCCACAGCACUUUGAGGAGCUGACACUGUUCCCUGAUGAGCAGCAGAGGCACCCCUGGGAGGAGCUGAAAGAGGAGGUGCAGGCAGUGCCUAUCACCCUGGACCAUAGUCUCAGCUUCUGUGAAGGCUUCUUCACUGAGAUGCAGCCAUGGGGGACAGCAGAGUCUUAUAUGUGA